GUUAACAUCGAUUCCUAGCUUUUUCGGAUUUCAUGCCCUUUUUCUUCAUUAGAUUUGCCUUUUGGUGGCCUUUUUAGCAUUUAUUUCACGGAAAUAAAGCGAUCUCUCGAGGAGAUGUUGUUUCGUUGUGUUUUCUCUAUGCAGCGUGAGCGCUUCUCCGAGAUGGUGGUGCCUUAAGAUCCCUGUCAUCCUCAUAGUUUUUGCACUCGAUAACGGCGUUCUCUCAUACACGCCGUGACACGGAAGUUUCCUCUCCUUCAGUGGAGACCUCGGUCCACCAGCGAUAGCCAGCAAAGAGCAGCAGAAGCAGAAGAACCCCCGCUACCAGAAGCAAGGAGCGUCGCUGGUUCGGAAGGCACGCGGCCGCCAGCAAGGAGAAGAACCGCGGAGAGCGUACCAAAGUGAUAUCUCCGCAAUGGAUCGCAAUCAGCGACCAUCCCGACCGAUCGGAAGAGAAAUGGACGAAUUACCGUAUGCUUAUGGGCCAAUGCGCUCCUGCAGACGAUGCCAGCAUAAUACCAAUAAUCGGAAGUGUGUGGAAUGCACACUCGGACCGAAUUUCCGAUCGGAAAAUCCACAGAUUACCGUAUCCCGUUUGUAUGACGAAGUGCUGCUACGCAGCUUGGAUGCCUACCGUACCAUCACACUGCCGGAAUACUGGACAAUUGUCUGCGCCACGCCGUAUUACUACCGUGGUGUUUUUGACAGCGCUGUGCAGUUUAUCAGUGAGGGCACUGAUGAGUGGUCCUACGCAAUUUACCCGGAAAAUUUCGGGCGGUGUACAGCGGAACUAAUGAAGCGCGUAACUGCGCCACCGAAUCAUAAUUUGCCGGCAAACGCCAGCGGACAACAAACGCCGUAUCAGCCACAACAAGGCCAGUGGCAACCACCAGUUAUGUUUCAGUCACAACAAUAUCAGCAGCAAAGUCUGCCAGGAUAUCAGCCGCAAAUGCAGCAAACGCAACCACCUAUUCGUUAUUCGAAUAUGGCGUUGCAGGUACCGUCCGGUGCCUUGCCACCUGAUCAUAUUGCUCACUUACAGCAGAGCCUUCCCAGUGGAAGCUACCAGUAUGAUCCGGAAACUCGGAUGAUAACUCCAUGUCCAUGGCCAGCCGGGACAGCACCGAAAGAAUCACAACAACGGCAGACUAAUCCGCUGUUAGCGAAUCUCCCGCCAUUGACCAGGAAUACUCCAGCAAGUCAAACGCCGUAUCCGCAACAAACGUUGCAAGUGCAGUCUUCAACUUCCAGAGCUGUAAGUGAAACAGUUUUAGAUUCAGAGCCGAAUUCAGGUGCUAGUUACUCUAGCAACACUAGCAAUGCUAGUGGUAAAACACGGCAUAAGAUUACUUAUCAACCACCGAAUGUGGGGAAAACCUCAGAUAAUUCGUUUGUAGAAGGCGAUAUAAUGCCUGGUAAAUUGAAUACGGCUGCUAAAUUUCAGAAGAAAGCAGCGAAUUGGAAUGUACGCGCAACGCGCGACAAACCAGUACAGUAUAAGCCGGAUGCAUCUGUAUUGUUGAUGCCGGAGCGACAGACACAUCCGCAGCGUAUCGCCGCGAUAUCGACGUUAUUCGUCGGGACCUUGAUCAAUAUAUUGAUCGUGUUGCGUCAGUAAUUGGCACCGUUAACGCUGAUUAAAGAACCGAAAUUGGCAAAGCCAUCACCGAUACUUUGGACUUGUUACAUACCGUUGGGUAUGAUUUGCGUAUUCGCAAUUCAAUCAACAUGUACCAAAAUUGAUUUGUUUCGGCAAAUGGAAGUUCGGCGAUAUGAAACGCCACGCCGUAAUGGACUGCGUAGCGCGCUGGAUAUUUCCCAGCUCAAGGAAAAACUUAUCGAAAUUUCCGUAGUGGAUUGGGAAUUAAUUUCUCAGUUUAAAAUCUUAUUCACCGAAAAUCCGGAGGAAUUCUUCCUUCAGUUCAUAUUACCGGACACAGAUCCAGCAAAGUUCUGGUUUUUCUGCCGUGCCGCAUGCGCGCUCCAGCGUAAAAUCGCUCCCAUGAAAAUCACGUGGGAUACGAUCAAUAUAGGAUGGGGACUGAAGAAGUACGUUCUUGUCAUCUUAUCCGCGUUAAUGGGCAAUUGCCACGCUCACCACUGGGCCCGGACUUAUAGGCAGGUUGAACAAAAUCGCCGUCUGAAGAGUUACGUUAACCGCUUGGGCGAGCCUCUUAAUGAGGAACAACAAGCAAAAGUGCUGAACGAUCUUUUGCAUGUGAUGCAAGUAGACGGACUCAAAACCGAAGCUAUCCAUAAUGGACAUUAUGACGGGAUAUACGAUCUCGUAAAAAGAUUUGCCGAGCGUCAGGGGAAGCGCAAAGCCGCUCCAAAUUCACCUGAUACUCCAAUAGCGAGCCGAACAGUGCAGCCAGAGCUGAAGAAAUCGGUGUCGAUGGACACCGACGAAAGCGAGAAAUUACCGGAGACAGCUAACACUGCGAAUGCAGCAUUAACUGUGAAUACCGAAUCUGCAGCGAUCACUGCGCCGUCUAGCGAAAUUCCGCAAACAGAAGUCGCAGCGUCGGUGGAAGCACUGACGAUCGCGGAAACUCUGCCGGCAUUGGAGCAGCAACCCGCGGCAGAGGCGGAUGAUGAGAUGGCGGGACCAGAACCGUCAAUUAGGAAUAACUUCCUUUUCCCGUCGAGACAAGCCCUUCGGGACCGACAACUGGAACUGGAGGCGAUGGGACAGAGUGAAACCUUCACCGAAGUCGAUCACCUGAUCUUCGCGGUGCAUAUCCCGGAUAACGAGACCGAUCCACUGUACUAUCCGGGUGGAAAUGAUGAAGUGGACAUGUUGGAAGAUAGCACCGAAGUUAAGACUACGUCUGCCGUAUUGAGCGACGCUCUUAAGGCAUUAAACGAAGAACCGCAGGUAAAACCGCCGUAAAAGCAUUAAAUGCUAAAAAUUCAAUCGCCGUAUAAGCACAACGAAUUGCAUACUUAAUUUUAUUAAAAUCGCCGUAUUGUACUACGAGUACACAAUUUAAUAUUAAUCGCCGUAGUGCGCAAUGAAUCGCAAGAAUAACUUUAUUGAAUCGCCGUAAAGUACAACGAACAUAACUCGGAAUAAAACGCCGUAACGCCCAACGAGUGCAUCGGAUUGAAUUUAUUUCAAUCAUUACAAAAAUGAAUUGCCGUAGACGCACAAAUCGGUGCAUAAUACUCGGUUAAAGAAUUGCCGUAGCGCAUUAAUUGCAUAAACAGAUGAAUAGAAAUCGCCGUAGAUGCACUAAGCUGCACAUAUGUCGUGGAUCGACGCAACAAUGCGUAUGACUGGAGGAAAGCUCCGGAAUGGAUCGGAAAACCUGCGAACUAACAAGGAUUAACAUGCGGGAUUGGAUUUAACUGGAAUGGGAAUUUACCGGAAUAAUUUUACCGGAUUUUGUUACGAGUUUAACUCGUUUUGAUUAUUUUUACGCCGCAUUUUGCAGCGUGUGUUCUCACUAACCUGUGAUGGAAUAAUUGGCACAUUUUUUUAAUAAGAGUUGCUCAUUAUGUUGCAAUUAAUAUGCAUCUUUUCAUUUCUUCUUUCAUUCCUGUUUUGAGCCUCGAGGGACCUCGGCAUCCCGUCCCGUGGCAUGUCAGAGUGCUGUGCAUAUAGCACAGGAUAGUGGCACAUACGCCUCACCAUCAUUGGAUCAGCUUGCCAUAUGCCAGCUUCCAAACACGACGGAACGUGUUUGCCAUUCGAGUGCCAGUAUCGGAACCGUUAACAUCGAUUCCUAGCUUUUUCGGAUUUCAUGCCCUUUUUCUUCAUUAGAUUUGCCUUUUGGUGGCCUUUUUAGCAUUUAUUUCACGGAAAUAAAGCGAU